UCGUAUUGCUUCAUUUUGGGUUUUAUCUAGGUCAAUGAAUGUGUGUUAUUUCGGGCCUCGGGGUCACUUUUUCAUUUGGAUGACUUUGGUUCAGGUGAAAUCAGUUUAAUUUGGUAAUUGGAAAUUGGAAAGGGAGGGAAUUUGACAUCGAGAACCGUUGCUUGUAACUUCUAACUUCUCUCUUUCUCUCUUACGACAUGAGAUCACCAUUGUUCAAAAUUCUUUCAAACAACACAUUUUAUUCUCAAACAUCCCCAACAUCACCAUUCACAUUUGGCCCAUUCAAUUUCUCCAUUCAAAGAAGAUGGAAAAAACCCGCUGACACUGCACAAACCCGUUUAGAGUUUCGAACCCGGGACCUGAAACUUGACUUCUUCACUUCCCAAUUGAGGAAACUUAACAUUGCACUCCAACUGUUCGACUUAAUGUCUCAAAGAAGACGCCCUUAUGUUUCAGUGCAAAUUAUGUCUCGUUGGACGAAUUUAGUUGGUCUUAACGUUAGCAUGGGUGAUUACAUUGGAGUAUACCCACAUGUUUUUGAGGUUUUCACGCACCCAGUUAGGAAGAAUGUUUGUUGCAGUGUUACAAGAAAGAUGAUGGCUUUGUUGGAGGAGGAAAAAGUUGUGAUGAAGGAAUGUGAAUUGGACAAUGUUAGACGGAUUAAGAAGCUUUUGAUGAUGUCAAAAGAGGGUAUGCUUCAUUUACAUGCUCUGCGAUUGGUGAGGCGAGAGUUGGGGUUGCCAAUUGAUUUUAGAGAGUCAAUAUUAAGAAAGUAUAGUGAUGAUUUUAAGUUGGUUGAUCUUGAGGUAGUGGCUUUAGUGCAGAGGGAUGAUUGUUUGGCGGUUGCGAAUGUAGAGCAUUGGAGGGAAAAGGAAUACAGAGAGAAAUGGUAUAGUGAAUUUGAGACCAAGUAUGCUUUCCCUAUGUAUUUUCCUACAGGUUUUAAGAUAGAGAUAGGAUUUAAGGACAAGCUAAAGAAUUGGCAAAGAUUGUCUUAUGUGAAGCCUUAUGAUAGAGAGGUUAAGCGUAGUCGUACCAAAGCUGGGAUUGAGCGUUUUGAGAAACGAGUUGUCGGAAUAUUACAUGAGUUUCUAAGCUUGACGAUUGAGAAAAUGAUGAAUGUUGAAAGAUUGGUGCACUUUCGGAAGGAUUUCGGUAUUGAGGUUAAUUUCCGUGAACUGUUAUUAAAGCAUCCUGGGAUAUUUUAUAUCUCAACUAAAGGAGAUACUCAGACAGUUUUUCUUAGAGAGGCAUACAGCAAAGGUGCUUUAAUUGAGCCCAACUCUCUCUAUAAUGUCCGAAGAAAAAUGCUGGACCUCAUGUUGCUUGGUAGGCGUAAUACCAAAGAGUUGAAGGUUGACAAAGUGAGCAUUGAGGAGAGAAGAAGCGCAGCUACAGACAAGAGUUUGGAAAGUACAACAGAUGGAGACUGGGUCAUUCCACUUUUGGAGAGAUCGGACGAUUAAAGUUGCUAUGUAGUUUGUAGCGCUGGAAGGAAGAUGCAAAGGCUCAUACAGAAGAAUUUCAAAUUCUUGUAUUGGUACAACCCCUGAAGAUUUUAGCAGCUGUGCUAGUAGUCGCUAGGUCCAACGCAUUAAAAAGAAUGAAAGGAGGAGGAGAGGAAUGACGAGCAGUCUCGAGGUCACUGUGUUGGAUGGGGAAAUCCCGAACUUUUUUGCGCGUAGAAUUAAGCCCCGAACCACCUGAAAGUAGUAAAUUUCAUUGCAUUAUGUCAAGCAAAGAAACGCAAGAAACAUAAUUGCAAAGUCAUUGACUGCUAUGUCCCAGUUUACCUCUGUAUCCGAGUUGGCUGACGCCUGUUGCUGGAGAAGAGAGAUUGAGUUAGAUCAUGGUAAUAUUUAUGGAAAAUAGGAGAAAAGUAGGACAUUGAAUCCUGUUAACUUGUGUUGCUUUGCAUGAUUCAUAUAUGAUGCAUUAAUUACCUUAUUAUGGCUCAGAUUAAUAUUUCUUUUUCGAUUUCCUUCACAAUUUUACAGUUCGAGUAUUGGCCAGUUCUCAUGUCCUUAUGUUUCCAAUAUGGAAAGAGCUCUAGUAGACUUUUAUUAGUAGCUAAGAUGAAAAGGAAUAAAACAGAGAAAAUAUAGUUGUUCGUUAAAGCUGAUAUAUCUUACGUAAGUUGAUCAGAUAAUUACAUCAUGGAAUAGCCAAGUUUUUUUGCAUCAAGAAAAGACUAAAUAUAAAGAGAAUAACAGCAUGCCUUUUUUGGGGCUGCGGUCUUACUGUUGUCUUUGGUACUGGCUUUGGAACUUCAAAGCUAGGGAUAGGCACAGUUUUGACCUGCAACAGGUUUAUAUUAGAGCUAUAAGCCUCUAAAAAUCAUAUUUUCUUUUUGUGAGCUGAUAUGAUCAAAUCUUGAUAGAAACGAAACAUACCAGGUUCCUAUAUUUGAGAUUGUAGAACAUGUUGACGUAUCUUUGCUUUGCUUGCUUCUCAGCUUUGUUUAGCAUUUUCCAGAAAGAAUACAUGCUGCCCAUAUUCAACAGUUUGUUCGCAUAGAUCUUCCAUGUGUAGCUGCACAAGAAAACAAGGAAGAAAAAAAACUAUAAAACUCUGUCUAGUUGAGUAUGAUGAUUCAGCAAUACAUAAUAUGCUUUACUGACAGUAUUGCUGUUAGAUUAAGAUAGAAUCUAGCUAUAUUGGAUUGCUAUUACCAUUCAUAUAUUCGUUGCAAACUAGCUGCUGAGACAAGAUUCCACUGUUCAUCAUCAUCUUUGCACCUCUGGAAGAAGUCAGCAAUUUUGUUGCUUGAUUCAUCUCCAUUGAGGGGAUCGAUAUGAAAGCCAGAGACUCCAUCAACAAUAAUCUCCGCUGGUCCACCUUGAUUGGUAGCAAAAGUGGGUAAUCCACAAUUCAUUGCUUCAAUGACUGUAAGACCAAAUGCUUCGUAUAGCGCAGGUUGCACAAAAGCACCUCGUGUAUCAGCAAUGCAGCGAUACAGCUCCCCAUUUCUGUAUUUGUCAGUCUGGGCAGCAAUCCAUCUAAACUGACCCUUUAAUCUGUACUUUUCCAUCAAUGUGUGCAUCUUUCUUAUUUCAGCCAUUUCUUCUCUAUCCUUUGAUUUAGAGGGAUCAAAGAAGCCUGCCACAACAACAAGGUUGACAAAACUCCUGAGUCUGUCAUUCUUGCCAUACCACUCAACCAAUCCACUAAUGUUUUUCACGGUAUCCAGCCUUGCCAUGGAGAAAAUGAUGGGUUUCUUCUUGUCUUCUAGAAAUCCUCUGUUGGAAUUUAAAAAAAAUACCAUAUAUACUGAGUAUCGAGUACAGUAACUCUUGAAUAGCUGGAUGAAAGUGCGUGAACCGUCUCUGUGCUUCUGUAAAUGGAAAGUAGACAGUUUGGUCGGCCCCAGGUGCGGUAAUGUUAAAUUUUGGAUCAAAAACAUUGAUGCCUGAAACCACCCGAUAUAGUCCUGGAAGAGUGUAUGCUGCAUGGCUUUCAUACUGGCCAGGUCUAUCUUUGCUGCAUAAUGACAAACUCCAUAUUGGUAUUUGAUAAAAUUGCUUUAUGCUUUAUAGAAUGCUGAUCAAAUUUUUACAUUAGAAAUUUCAAUACUAAAUGGAGAAUGAUCUAUGUCUGACCUUCCUGCAAUUUCUUGAUAUGUGCUUGUGAUGAUGAAAUCUGCCGAGUUCAUUGCAAUGAUAUCUGCUGUGAACUGACAUGAAAAAUGGUACUUCGGAUCCUUCUGUCUCCAGCUGACAUCUGAAUCUUCAUACUUUGUCUUUUCUAAGGCAUGUGCUAUUGUGGCCUAUCAAGACAAAAGGCUGUUAUAACUAGUCCCUACCAAACACAUACCUGUCCCCCAGUAUCUGGCAAGCCAAGAACAUUUGCUUGGCCAAAGUAACCGUGUACAGAGAAUAUCACAACAUUGAAGAUCGUUGGAAGCCUGCCAAAGAAUUUCUCCACGCUCACUGGGUCUGGUGCCUGGAGCACCUCAGAGAGAGAACGCAUGAACUCUUUAACUCUUGCUGCGGUAUCACCCCAUCCUUUCUCAAAACCCCACUCCUUGAAUCUGUUAAUAUUUUAGUAUCAGAAAAAAUUAUUUGAAAUUUCUGGCUAUGCUCACGAGGAAGUCAAACAAGAUAUACCUCAACUCGAAGUUGUGAAAUGGUGUGUCGGGUGAAAGUGAUGAAAGAAACACGUCAGCUACAACCAAUGCUGCCUGGAGCUUUGCUGGCGUGUUCAGUGUCUCAUUGAUCAUUAGUUUCUGAUGAGGUGUUCCACAAGAGGUUUUGUAGCUUCCUUAUCUGCCCAUAGUUUUGAACUCAAGAACUUCGAUAUGAAAUUCACUCCAUUUCCUAUGGAAGAAGACAGGGUAAGGUGUGGGGUAGAGUGUUCAAGUGCCCCAAAGUCCACCUCUAGUGCAUUUUCAUCUUUAGCCCUGUCAUGUUCACACAGCACAUACUUUGUUUAAGACAAUAGUUUCAGAAAUAUUGAAUUAGUUCUUCUCAAGAGAGAUUUUAUUCUACAAAAAAUACCAGUUCUCGUCAUAUAUAGUCUCUUUGAAUUUCAGGUACUCCGUUGCAUUAAUGCCUUCAACUGUGAGAUCGUGAGCAUUUACUUUAACGUAUUCCCAAUAGCCGGGACUGGGUCUUACUGCGAAGGCAACAUGAGGAGGAACAACAGCCGCUUCCUGUGGAUUUUUAGACAGCCUUUAAGUAUUAAGUAUUACCUUACAGCCCCCCCUUCCAAGAAAAUGGAUGGUAAGAAAAAAGAACAUUAGGAAUGUUUUAUACUUCCUCCAAACUUUUUAACUACAACAGUUUGACUUACUACGUUUAUUAACACACGAUUUUGUCCA